AAUGUAUUCUAGGCAGUGUGGUGUUGAAACAUUAUGGUUAAGUGAUAUUUAAGUUCAAGUAAUAUACUUUUACCGAUAUCAAGUUCAAAAUGUCAAGUGAAGUGUGGGAACACUUUUCAGUUUAUGCGAAAGACCCUAACUAUGCCGUUUGUAAAUACUGCAAACAAAACAUUUCUCGUGGUGGCAAGAGCCAAACAACUAGUGCUAUGAAGAAACACUUGAAGAAACAUCCAGUCCACGUUAGGGCUGCAUCACGUUCUGUGAGUAGUUCUAAUGAAAUCAUUGGUGAAAAUGUGGCUGAACUAAAAUUAGUUGAAACUGAAACUGACUCGUCUAGUAAAGAGAGUCAACCAGGACAUAGCAAAAGCAUUGUACAUCAAACUCAACCAACACUUAAAGAUUUCAUUGCAAAAAGAGAGAAAUUUAAGCCAGGAGAUACAAAAAGUGCAAAUAUUACCAAGUUAAUUGGCAAGAUGAUUUGUUUGGACAGACAGCCUUUUUCAGUGGUCGAAGAUAAAGGUUUCAAUGCUCUAGUGGAUCAUCUCGAACCUAGGUACGCCAUGCCAUCACGGAAAUAUUUUGCUAAUAAAGUUAUUCCCAGCAUGUAUGCUGAAACUGUGUCAUCUGUACAAAAAACACUAAGUGAAGCAGAGUUUGUCUCGGUUACAAUGGAUUUGUGGACCUCAACAGCCAAUGAUGACUACUUAGGAGUAACUGUGCACUUCAUUGACAGAGACUUUUGUGCCCAGCAUAUAUGUAUAGAGGUGGUACCGUUUCCAGAAAUCUCCCAUUCUGCACAGAACAUUUGCAGUUUUCUGACAAGAACACUGGUUCAGUGGGAAAUCAAUGAUAAAGUGUUUGCUGUUGUACGAGAUAAUGCAAGGAAUGUUGUAGCUGCAUUGAACUUGUCCAGUUUCAAUCACAUCCCAUGCUUGGCACACACUUUACAGUUAGUAAUAAAAGAUGGUCUUCUUAGCAGCAAAAUGGUUGCUGCAGUAACAGGUGCAUGUCGUCGCAUGGUGGGACAUUUUAAACAUUCAUCCCAUGCAACCAAAGUAUUGAGAGAAGCCCAGAAAACUGUUGGUUCACCUGCUCAUAGGCUCGUGCAAGAUGAACCAACUCGAUGGAAUUCAAUCCUGCAUAUGCUUGAGCGACUAUAUGAGCAACGGAGAGCUUUGGCUCUUGCAGCAACCAAUCUUGCCUUGCAUGUAGAAAUAUCUGUGGCCCAGUGGGAACUAAUUGAAAACAUAAUACCUAUUCUGAAAAUAUUUGACCAAGCUACCUUGCAAGCAAGUAAGGCUGGUGUUAAUUCAUCAGAAAUCAUACCCAUUGUUAACAGUCUGCUACAAGAGUUAAAGAAACCUGCACCUGUACUUUCAGGUCUUCAGGGUGUGAAGAAUGAUCUCUUUGCAUCCUUGACAGAAAGAUAUAGGACACUAGAAGAAGAAGAAGUGUAUGUUUUAAGUACACUUCUUGAUCCUCGAUUUAAAGGAGCUGUGUUCACAAGCAAGGAAAAGCUUGACAGGGCAGUGGAACUUCUCACUACAGCAGCACAAAAGCUUGACUUGCAUAAGCAUUGUGGAGUUGUGCAAAAGCAAGAUGGGGUACCUAUUCAAACUGGUUCCUCAAGUGGCAUAUGGUCACUUUACUCGCAGAUAAUGCCUGAACGCCUCGCAUCCAUCAAGUCGGAUUCUACAGCUGUUGAUGAAGUGACCAGAUACCUGCGUGAUCCAACAGUUAACCCAGAUACAAACAUCUUGGAGUAUUGGAAAACUCAGUCUGCGUGUUUACCCAGGCUACAUAAACUGUCGAAAAAAUAUUUGUGUUCACCUCCAGCGACAGUGUUCUCUGAACGUUUGUUCAGCACCACAGGGAACAUAUGUGACCAAAAACGAAAUCAUCUGGAUCCAGAACGUGUCAAAAUGCUUGUUUUUUUUUUAAAUAAAAAUUUAAAGGGUUGAA